AUGACCAGCCCAGUGGAUGCAUCUCCAGCAGGCUGUGCCAGUGGGUUGGGUCCCCACAGGAGAAAGAGGACCACCUUCAGCAGAGGGCAGCUGCUUGAGCUGGAGCGAGUGUUUGCGGCACGGCCCUACCCCGACAUCGGCACCCGUGAGCACCUGGCCCGGGUCACCUCUCUUCCUGAGGCCAAGAUACAGGUGUGGUUCCAGAACCGCAGAGCCAAGAGAAUCAAGGAUAGAAAGCCAGGAGGCCUAAGCCCCAGGCCUGAGCCUCCCCAGAGGUCCCGUUCUCUUCCGGACACCAUCCAGCGGGCCCCGGAGCCCUGGAUGCUUGGCCAGCCUCCACCCUCCAACAGCACAGCACAGGGCUCCUGUGUGUGUCGACAGGCCUCCUGCCCAGCUCCUGGCUUGGGUCCAGGGCAGGGCUGGGUGGGGGCUAAAGCUGCAGCCCCCUGGGCCCCAGCUGGGUCUUCAGGGGCCCACCUCUCUUCUGAGCGAGCUGCUCCCCAGACCUCACUGGGCAGCCUGUCUGACCUCAUCUAUGCCUCAGCCAUUGUCACCAACCUGGAUCACUCCUAA